GUCUGCAGCCUGAGCCUGGAUGGAAUCCUCCACGGGCCUUGCACGGCAGCGCCGCGACGGGGCCCAGAGGCGCAGCGGUCGAGGCACUUCCAACAGCUUUGUGCUCGCCGUCACCGGAUGGAAUCAGCCUCCAAACCAGCACCCGCUGUGGCGGACGCCGAGUGCUGCUGGCUGAUGCCGCGGGAGGACAAAGAUCUGGUUGUUGCGGAUGCUGAGGGCAUCGUGCGUGGCAUGAGCGCUGGGCGUCCUGUGGCGCAAACCUGGUCGCCACUGCCGCAAAGGCUGCGCAUCUUCCACCGAAAGAAGGAGCAAAGGAGGCCAACAGUGCCUGAGUUCCCGGUGGCCUGUGCGCAUCCAAACGGCUUUGUCAGUUGGAUCUUGCCUACCCCGCCCACGACCCCAGUUCACAAGUCGACGCCUGCCCCGUUGCAUCCGCCUGUCUGCAGAAUCGACUUAGAAGGACAUGUCCAUGAUGUUGCCGGCCUCAAGCCGCCUCAAUCUCCCGAAGACGCCCAUGCGUGGGAGAGGCUCAAGCUCUUCCAUCGGAAGAGGCAUACGCGCUGGCAGGCUGAGGCAACAGGCCACGUCAACCAUGUUGAAGAUGACUGGGACGAUGUGUAUGUCAACCACUCCGGGGCAGCCACGCCAAUUAUCGACUUCAGUCCACAGAUCCCAUUUGAGAGGACCUGCAGCAUGGAUGAGGAGGGCGUUCUGCAUUGUUCGGAGUCCCACCGCCUUGAGCGGACCUGUAGCAUCGACUCCGAGGGCAUUGUCCAUAACCUGGAGGAGAUUGGCAAUCCGCAGCCUCCGUGCUUGGCCAGCAGGUUGAAGCUCUUCCACCGCAAGAAGCACCUGCGUGACCUGAAAGCCUCGGAGUAUCCUUUCCCGAUGGACGAGGAUCACCAUGCGAGAAUCGUCGCGAGCCUCGACCGUGACGGCAGGAUUCAGGGCUGGCAGGAGUAUGAGGAGGAGCCUUUAAUCGUCCCUGUGAUGUAG